GUAGGCAAUACAUUUUUUAUCAAUUCACCUUCUAUAAGAAGAUAGUUUAUGCCAAGUUUUUCUGUAACUCACUUGGUUGAUCCCAUGUAAUAGGGCUACAAAUCAAAAUUACACAGAUAUUUUGCUUCUCUUGGCAUCAUGCAGAAAAGAAGCUCAACAUUUGCAGAUAUGUCAUUGGUUAACGCUGCCCCUAAUUCGUCAGUGGAUUCCUUUCCUAAAAAGAAGCCAUUAAUUGGAAAACACUUCACACUUCUUCAGCCAUAUGUCCGUGUUGAAAGACUUGAUCAAGAAACUCUCAGAAGGUUAUUACCAGUCAGAAAAGUGGUGGAAGAUCAAUCUGAAUCUUCAGAGGAGUCUGUUGAGAAAAAUGAAUCUGAAUGUUCAGCAGAAGAGUUUGCUGAGGAAAAUGAAUCUGAAGCUUCAGUGGAGUCUGUGGAAGAAAAUGAAACACCUGUCAAACAAAACAGAACAAGUGAAAGAAAAAUUAAUGCAAAAGCCACUUCUGAAAUGUCAGAAUAUGAAAAGCAAAUUCAAAGAAACAUAGAAGAAAAUGAGAAAAUGUUCCAACAAUUUAUUGGAGGUGCAAAAAAGGGUUUUAUGAAAGUAGUACCGAAGAAAAACUACAAUAAUGUUGAAGUAACUAAGAAGAAGAAGAGGAGAUGGUACAACGAUGUAAAUGAGCAGGAGCAGGAGUUCAGAGCUGUUAAACGUUUAUACAAGCAAAAAGAUAUGAAUAAAAGCAGAGACCUGACCUCGAUUAAUAGAUCUUUGAGGGCAAGGAAAACUCCAUUACCAAUUCAAAAUUAUAAUGAACUUUUAGGGGGACCUUCAGAGGAAAGCUCAGAGGAAAGCUCAGAGGGAUCUUCAGAUAUCAGCAAUGAAUAUGAAAGACCUGUCUAUAGGAGGAAAACGGAAGUUGAUAAAGCCACAGAAAUUCCUAGUCUCAGAAAUUACACAAUAAAGGAAUGGAGGAAACGUAUGGACCUAGUCACUUUGGCUGACGCGAAAUUGAAACACAAAUCUAUUGUUGACAGCAAAUUCAUCAAAGAAAUGAUUCCUUUGCUAGAAAAAGAAGGUGAAUUGGAAGAAUUACCUGUAGACCAACCAGAUUUUUUGAAAUUGAUGAAAUCCUUCAGCAUUCACGAGAAAGGAGUGGCCAAAAUAUCCCAGACCGAUAUAAAAUGCCUUGCUUGGCAUCCAAGUAACUACAAACUUCUUGUUGCAGUCGGUGAUCGUUACGGAAACAUUGGUUUGUGGGAUAUUGAUAAGCUUGAUGACAAGUAUCAAGGUGUUCGGGCUUUCAACAAGGUCCACACAAUGCCAAUCAACUGCGUAACGUUCGACACUUCAAACCGAAUGCGACUGAUAACUAGCGGUGAUGAUUAUUGUCUUCGAAGUUUGGAUUUGCAUUCUAACGUCUGCGAAAAAAUUUUCCAUUCAUCAUCGAGUAGGAUAACUGAUCAUGCACAGAAGAAUCGAUCCACUUUAAUCGUGGCGCACAAAAAUGCAGUUGUGAUUGACAUGCGGACAGGAUCUUGUAGAAUUGAAAACACGAUUCAGUGUUUUGAAAAUAUUACCUAUACCAUUAGCUUGCAUCCACAGGACGAAAAUCUGUUCAUCGCUUGCGGUCGCACCGGAGAAAUAGGAAUAUUUGAUAUGCGAUACACGGCGACAAAUGCCGUUGCCGUGCCGGUCGUUAGUUUUCCAAAGGCUUCAAAACGAAUUAAUGGAGCGUCUUUCUCUCCUAUUACUGGAAACUUCGCCUUGACUACGGGUGCCGAUGACACUAUAACAUUGUACGAUGUCCAGAAGGGAAAUUCCGAACCAGAAUGCAUCAAAUCCAUCCAUCAUAACAACUACGUUGGACGUUUCCUUGCCCCAUUCAAAGCCAAUUGGCAUCCUCAACGCGAAGACGUUUUUAUCGUUGGCAGCGGUGAAGAUCCUAGUCGGGUUGAACUUUAUGGCGCUCCCUCUUGCGAACUUCUUCAUACCUUCGAAGGGGAUGUCUUGGAUUCAAUGACUUCCUUAGCCACCUUUCACCCAACUGUACCUGUUUUUGCUUCUUGUAACUUGUCUCAAGUUCACAUUUUUCGUCCGUAAUUUCGCGCGACUUUUAAAUUGGUUUAAAUUGCGCAAUGAUUUUUAGAUUUUUCCCCCUAAAAUCUUUUAAAACCCGCAGUUGAACGGUAUGUUGUCUACCUCCCUGCAUAUUUUAUGCUAUUUUCGUCAAAAUACAAAUUUUCAUCAUAAUUUAA